AUUCAUAUUUUGUCGUUAGAUCGCGCAAAAUAACCCGGUAGGUUUGCCAUUAGCCGUUACCCCUUUUACAAGUGUUUCGCAUCAAUUACACUCAAGUCUAUCGCAAAAGUUUGUUCUGGCUAAAGCUAUAAAAACAAAACAUAAAUAUUUCGAAACCGCAAAGUUCUUUAAAGUGUUCGACGAAAAACGAAGUAAUAGUUUUGGUUAAAACUGCAUAAGCUAUAUUGCAACUUAUAGCUUUCUGUCGUACGUUUUUGGAAAACAGUAAGGACCGACUGCCCAAAAACUGCUCAUCGACUUUUAGCGCUCCCAUCACCAGUCAAAAGAACCCGUGCAAGUUGCUUUUGACUCACAAAAACAGCUGUCGAGGAAUCGCCUGAUUUUUAGUCGCUAAAAACUGUUGAAAGUCGUGGACCAGCAAGCUGAUUCUGUCAAGCGCAGUGGUAACAAUAGCACGCAGACUGCAGAAAAUAAAGUUAAAAGUGCAAGGGCACUGCGUCGGCGACGACGUCGAAAUAAAAACCAACAAAAUUCGCACCAACCUGACUCCGUUGCGGAGCCACAAAGCCAGAUAACAGCAAGUACCUCCAAUUUUCACGAACCGCUAGACAAUAUCAAAAUGCCGGCCCGUUUUGUCGAUGACGUCAUCACAGCUGAGCCAGCGACGCGUACUGCCGCUCAAUUGGACCUGGGCGGCGGUCACUAUGCGGCUCCUCGUCAGCAGCAGCAGCUGUUAAAUGAUGAAAUUGCUAUUACUGGCUUCUCUGGCCGUUUGCCCGAGAGCUCCACCAUUGAUGAAUUUAAAAAGAAUCUAUUCGAGGGAGUUGAUAUGGUUAACGAUGAUCCCAGACGCUGGGAGCGUGGUCUAUAUGGACUGCCGGACAGAAUGGGAAAGAUCAAGCAGACUGAUCUGGAGAACUUUGAUCAACAAUUCUUUGGCGUGCACCAGAAGCAGGCCGAGUGCAUGGAUCCCUUGCUUCGCAUGAUGCUUGAAUUGACGCAUGAGGCAAUCAUUGAUGCUGGCCUGAAUCCAACUGACUUGCGCGGAUCUCGCACUGGUGUGUACAUUGGCGUAUCGACUUCCGAAACGGAGCAGCAUUGGUGCUGUGAUCCAGAUCGUGUGAAUGGCUAUGGUUUAACCGGCUGUGCUCGUGCUAUGUUCGCCAAUCGCAUCUCGUUCACAUUCGAUUUUAAAGGACCCAGUUACAGCAUUGAUACCGCAUGCUCCAGCUCGCUAUAUGCCCUGGAGCAGGCUUUUUCUGAUAUGAAGGAAGGCAAGAUCGAUAAUGCAUUGGUCGCCGGUGCUGGUCUUAUUCUCAAGCCGACCAUGUCGUUACAGUUCAAGAGGCUGAACAUGUUGAGUCCGGAUGGUAGCUGCAAAGCUUUCGAUGAGUCUGGCAACGGUUAUGUUCGAUCCGAUGGCUGUGUGGUCUUGCUGCUUCAAAGAACUUCGGCUGCCAAGCGUGUAUAUGCGUCUAUUCUCAACGUUCGCACUAAUACAGAUGGCUACAAGGAACAGGGCAUCACGUAUCCCAUUGGAAGUAUGCAGAACCGUUUGAUACGCGAAACCUAUGAGGAAAUUGGUCUUAAUCCCAAUGAAGUAGUUUAUGUGGAAGCUCACGGCACAGGCACCAAGGUUGGCGAUCCUCAAGAAGUUAAUUCCAUUACUGAUUUCUUCUGCAAGAAUCGUACUACACCACUGUUGAUUGGCUCCGUUAAAUCGAACAUGGGUCACUCGGAACCCGCUUCUGGUGUUUGCUCGGUGGCGAAAAUUUUAAUCGCAAUGGAAGAGGGCGUCAUUCCCGCCAAUCUUCACUACAACAAACCUAAUCCUGAUUUAUAUGGUCUUCUGGAUGGUCGUCUGAAGGUGGUUGACAAAAAUUUGCCCUGGAACGGGGGCAUCAUCGGCCUUAAUUCCUUUGGUUUUGGAGGUGCCAAUGCUCACGUGAUCCUUAAAUCGAAUCCCAAACCAAAGACCGUUACACCUCUCAACAGUUCGCCUAAGUUAGUUGUCGCCUCUGGCCGCACUUUUGAGGCGGUACAAACGCUACUGGAAUCAACAGCCAAUCACUCUAAUGACGAUGAGUACUUGCAACUUAUCAAUGACAUCCACUCCAAACCUAUUCCAUUACACUAUUUCCGCGGCUACAGCGUGGUGAGCAACAAAGGAUCACUGCAACGUGAAGUGCUGGACUUUAGCGAUGAGAAGCGUCCAGUGUGGUACAUCUACUCUGGUAUGGGCAGUCAGUGGGCUAGCAUGGCCAAAGAUCUGAUGCAGAUUGAUGUAUUUUCCAAGACGAUACAGCGUUGCGCCGACGUUCUAAAACCGGAAGGUAUCGAUUUGAUUGAUGUACUCACCCGUUCUACAGAUAAGAGCUUUGAGAACAUUCUCAACUCAUUCAUCUCCAUUGCUGCCAUGCAAGUGGCUUUGACCGAUCUGUUGAGUUCCCUGAACAUUCAUCCCGAUGGCAUUGUUGGCCAUUCGGUUGGCGAACUGGGUUGUGCCUAUGCCGAUGGGUGCUUCACUCCCGAGCAGACGGUGCUAGCUGCGUAUUGGCGUGGCAAGAGCAUUCUGGAUACUCAGUUGCCUAAGGGCAAGAUGGCAGCUGUUGGUCUAAGCUGGGAUGAAGCUCACAAGCGCGUGCCCAGUGACUGCUUCCCCGUAUGUCAUAAUAGUGAGGACAACUGCACAAUUUCUGGUCCAGAUGCCUCCAUCGAAGCACUCGUAGCUAAAUUGAAUGGUCAAGAAAUAUUCGCCAAGGCAGUAAACAGUAGCGGCUACGCGUUCCACAGCAAAUAUAUUGCAGAUGCUGGACCCAAACUGCGCAAGAGUCUCGAAAAGAUUAUUCCCAAUGCUAAAAAUCGUACUGCACGUUGGGUGAGCACAAGCAUACCGGAAUCCGCUUGGGGUACUCCCAUUGCCAUGCAAUCAUCAGCUGCCUAUCACGUGAACAAUCUGCUUUCACCGGUUCUCUUCCAUGAGGCACUCCAGCAUGUGCCCAAAAACGCAAUUUCCAUUGAGAUAGCACCUCAUGGUCUGUUACAGGCCAUUCUGAAGCGUGCCUUAGGACCAGAUGCUACCAACUUGAGCUUAGUAAAGCGCGGCCAUGAAAAUAACGUGGAGUUCUUCCUCAGCAACGUAGGAAAACUCUUUGCCGCCGGAGCGCAACCGCAGGUGCUUAGCUUGGUGCGUCCCAUUACCUAUCCAGUUGGAAGGGGCACACCAAUGUUGAAUUCUAUGGUUGGUUGGGAUCACACGCAGAAGUGGUUGGUGGCCAAAUUUGGCAAAGAAACGACAUCGGGGGAAACCAUUGUCGAAGUGGAUCUAUCGAAGGAGGAGGAUGCAUUCUUGGCUGGCCAUACCAUUGAUGGUCGAAUUCUGUUCCCUGCUACCGGCUAUAUGACUCUCGCUUGGAUGACUUUUGCUAAAAUGCGUGGUGGUGAAUUUCACAAGACGCCGGUCGUGAUGGAGAAUCUUGUGUUCCAUCGAGCCACCAUUCUGAAUAAGAACGCUGUCGUCAAGUUCGGAAUUAAUUUCUUCGAUGGUACUGGUAACUUUGAGAUAUGCGAAAGUGGUAGCUUGGCAGUCUCCGGCAAGAUUAGCAUUCCAGAAAGCAUUAGCAACGAGGAACUGCCUUUGGAGCCCCAAACGCCUAGUACCGUCGCCAAGCAGCUGGUUACCAAUGAUGUCUACAAGGAGCUGCGUCUUCGUGGAUACGAUUAUUCUGGCAUUUUCCGUGGAAUUAUCAACUCGGACACAUUUGCUUCUGCCGGACAUCUGCAAUGGGUGGAUAACUGGGUUAGUUUCAUGGAUACGAUGUUACAGUUCAGUAUUCUCAGCAAGAACUUGCGUGAGCUUUAUUUGCCCACACGCAUUGAAAAGGCUGUCAUCAAUCCUCUGAAGCAUUUGGAACUGAUAAACUCACUAAGCAAAGAGUCCCAAUCAGAUGUUGGCCUCCCUGUCUCUUGGUACGACAGUAUCAAUGUAAUCAAAAGCGGUGGAGUAGAGUUGCGUGGACUGAAAGCCUCGCUGGCUCAGCGUCGCCCUGGUACACAGAAUCCUCCAACUUUGGAGCGGUACACUUUCGUUGCGAAUAACAAUACAACGGAGUUAAAUGAGAACACAGAAAAAGCUCGUUUGCAUGCAUUAGAUGUGGCCAUUCAGCUGAUAAUUGAGAACUCGAGCGGUGCCGUCAAACUAAAGGGUGUUGAGCUGGCCAAUGGUCGCAAUCCUGACGUUCUUGUGGCCAAUCAUCUACUGCAGAUCAUUGAGGGUGAACCUGUGCUUACUGGCGAUGUAGCAGUGGUCACAUCGAAUAACAAUGAAGAAACGAUUGCCGCCUCUUUGGGUGACUCUGGUGUACGCGUUGUGUCCAAGGAUAUAUUGAAAGAACCCGUAGAACAGAACUGUCACUUUGUCUUCGGCAUUGAUGUUCUGUCCCGGCCGGAUACAAAAACCCUUGAGAAUAGCAUAGCCAGUAUACGCGACACCGGCUUUCUCAUUCUGGAAGAGAGUGUCGCCACUUAUACCAAAACAGGACGUGCCCUUUUGGAAAAGUUUGAUUUUGUUCCAGUGCAAGAGCAAACCCUAGGAGGAACCCGUGUUCUGGUCCUGUCUCGUCGCAAGGUUGACUUGAAGACUCGCAAGUUUGCCAUUGUCCAGUUGACAGAACAAAACUUCACCUGGGUAGAUGAACUAAAGAAUGCACUCAGCGUGGCGGCCACAGAGGAGCAGUAUGUUUAUAUUGUUUGCCAGAAUGAAGAGCUGUUCGGUGCUGUUGGCUUGAUGACUUGCGUCAAGAAUGAGAACGGUGGCAAGCUGGUGCGCCUCGUCUUUGUUCAAGAUAAAAUUUCUGAGAAAUUCUCACUGACAGCGCCUAUUUAUCAGAAGCAGCUGGAGAAGGAUCUGAUUUCGAAUGUACUUAAGAAUGGCAAUUGGGGCACUUUCCGUCAUCUGAAACUGGAGACGCAGCAGGCGACCCUACAAGUAGAACAUGCCUAUGUGAACGCCCUCGUCAAGGGUGACUUGGCUUCACUCAAAUGGAUUGAGGGUGCCAAGGUCGACGAUUCUACAACCAAGAAGGAUCUGGAAACCUGUACGGUUUACUAUGCGCCUGUUAAUUUCCGUGACGUGAUGUUAUCUUCAGGCAAAUUGGCUGCUGAUGCGCUGCCCGGUGAUUUGGCAGAGCAAGAUUGCGUUCUUGGUCUGGAGUUUGCUGGACGUGACACUACCGGUCGCCGUGUGAUGGCCAUGGUGCCAGCUAAGUCGCUCGCCACCACCUGUCUGGCCAGCAAGCGCAUGAUGUGGCAAGUCCCUGAUAAGUGGACUAUGGAGGAAGCCUCCACGGUUCCUUGUGUCUAUGCUACCGUCUACUAUGCUUUGGUUGUGCGCGGGCAAAUGAAGAAAGGCGAACGCAUUCUUAUUCAUGCCGGCUCUGGUGGUGUGGGUCAGGCUGCCAUCUCUGUGGCAUUGCAUCAUGGCCUGACGGUCUUCACCACAGUCGGUAGCAAAGAAAAACGGGAAUUCUUGCUGAAACGCUUCCCCAAGUUGCAGGCCCGAAACAUUGGCAAUUCGCGAGACACAUCUUUCGAGCAGCUGAUAAUGGUCGAAACUAAUGGUAAAGGCGUUGACCUUGUGCUUAACUCAUUGUCGGAGGAAAAACUGCAGGCGUCCAUCCGUUGCUUAGGACUCAACGGUCGCUUCCUGGAGAUCGGAAAAUUCGAUUUAAGCAAUAAUAGUCCAUUGGGUAUGUCAGUGUUCUUGAAGAAUACCUCCUUCCAUGGCAUUCUCCUUGACAGUGUUAUGGAAGGUGAGGAAGAAAUGCAAAAUCAAGUAGUGUCUCUCGUGGCCGAAGGAAUCAAGAGUGGUGCUGUUGUCCCAUUACCAACAUCGGUGUUCAAUGAUAGGCAAGUGGAGCAGGCCUUCCGUUUCAUGGCAUCAGGCAAACACAUUGGUAAGGUGGUCAUCAAAGUGCGAGACGAGGAGGAUGGAAAGAAGGCCUUGUUACCUAAAUCUCGUCUAAUCAAUGCAAUCCCUCGCACCUAUAUGCAUCCUGAAAAAAGUUACAUACUUGUUGGAGGCCUUGGUGGUUUCGGAUUGGAGCUAACCAACUGGAUGGUGUCGCGUGGUGCUCGAUACAUUGUGCUUACCUCAAGGUCGGGUGUGAAGACUGGAUACCAGGGACUCAUGAUACGCCGUUGGCAAGAACGUGGUGUGAAAGUUGUGAUUGAUACCAAUGAUGUGACCACAGCAGCUGGAGCGAAGAAGUUGCUGGAAAGCAGCAACAAACUGGCCUUAGUUGGUGGCAUCUUUAACCUAGCUGCAGUGCUACGCGAUGCUUUGAUCGAAGAUCAAACGGCCAAGGAUUUUAAGACGGUUGCUGACCCUAAGGUGACAGCUACCAAAUUUUUGGACCAGUACUCGCGCACUAUUUGCACUGAGUUGGAUUACUUCAUCUGCUUCUCGAGUGUCUCCUGCGGCCGUGGUAAUAUUGGACAAUCCAAUUAUGGUCUAGCCAACUCGGCCAUGGAACGUAUUUGUGAGCAGCGCCAGAGCAGCGGCUUUCCUGGAACAGCUAUUCAAUGGGGUGCCAUUGGUGACACUGGCUUGGUGCUGGAAAAUCUCGGUGACAAUGAUACGGUCAUUGGAGGCACAUUGCCCCAACGUAUGCCCUCAUGCCUACAGACAAUCGAUUUGUUCUUGCAACAGCCUCAUCCCGUGCUCGCCUCAAUGGUUGUUGCUGAGAAGCGCAAAUCUGAUUCUUCGGCUGGCGUCAGUCUGAUUGCCACUAUAUCGAAUAUUUUGGGACUGCGUGACACCAAGAAUAUUCAGGACGCCUCUUCACUUGCCGAUCUGGGCAUGGAUUCGCUGAUGGGCGCCGAGAUCAAACAAACCUUAGAACGUAACUUUGACAUUGUGUUGUCUACACAGGAAAUUCGACAGCUAACUUUCGGAGCUCUCAAGCAAAUGGAUGGUGGCGCCGACGUUAAGCCUGCAACCAAUGCAACAAGUGUUGCUGCUCCAGCUGUUGCGGCUGAGCCUGCAGUUGCCAAAACAUCAGUACAUUCAUCAAGAACUGCGAGUCCAUUGGGUGAUGGCACCCAAGUUGUGUUUACCACAGCUCUUAUACCGACCGAAGAGAUAGUGCGUCUUGAGACUCUCGCUGCAAAGAGCAGCAAGCAGAUUCCCAUCUUCUUCAUAUCACCCAUUGAGGGCUUUACUACGGCACUUCAACCGCUUGCUAAGAGACUAGAAGUACCUGCAUAUGGCCUGCAAUUUACACAAAAUGUUCCUCUUGAAUCCAUCGAAGCUGCUGCGAAAUUUUAUAUUAAACAAUUGCGCACCGUGCAACCAAAGGGUCCCUACAAAUUGGCCGGCUACUCCUUUGGAUGCCUGCUUACCUAUGUGAUGGCGGGCCUGCUCGAGGAAACAAAUGAGAUCGCCAGCAUCAUCAUGUUGGAUGGCGCCCCCACCUACGUCAAUUGGUUUACGAGCAGCUUUAAGCAACGAUACACCGUCGAUGAUGAUAACAGUAAGCAGAGCUAUGGCCUGGCUUACUUUGGAAUUGUGCUUGCCAACAUUGAUUACAAGGCGCUGGUUCGCUUGCUACUGGUGAUACCUACAUGGGAGGAGAAAUUAGAAAAGUUUGCCGAGCUAAUGAGUGUAGAAAUUACACAACCCGUGGAAACUAUUCGCAUGGCUGCCAAAGUAUUUUACAGGAAGUUGGAGCUGGCUGAUAACUACAAGCCAAAGUUAAAGCUGAAGUCAAAGGUUACAUUGGUCAAACCAACAGAUAACUCAGCUAAACUGGACGAGGACUAUCGCUUAAAGGAGGUUUGCACAAGACCCGUUGAAGUGCACACAGUCGAGGGCAACCAUCGCACAUUCCUUUUAGAGGAUCAAUCGCUAGUAACAAUUCAAAGUAUACUGGAGCGAUUAUUCAACUAGUUACCUUAGCUGCAUAGUUUCAUAAAGCACACGCACAUUAACAUAAAGAAUACUCAUGUUCUAUCUAACCUAUGUUCCAAUGGAAGUUGCACCGCGAAUUUUCGCUCUCUAUCCUUUAUUAUAAGGAAAAUGCACAGCUUGAUCUUAAAAAACAACUCUAGCUAGCAUAUUUAGUAAAUGAAUUUAUAUUAACGAGCUACAAAGAAUGUAAUGCUAAAUCCACAUAUAUACAUCAUCAUCAUAAGUCACCAAUUAGAACUGCCGUCUUGCAGGGCUAGUGGGCCAAGGUCCAAAAUGUAUGCCUACUUGCUCUGUGAUUCCUGGCAAUUCUAUUAGUAUACCAAACUUCAUUAUACAUUCCUUAAGAGCUAUAGCUACGCGCUAGACGUCCCAACUUACCAAAUAUAUCUAUAUAUAUAAACAUGUAUAUUUACGUAUAUGCUUUAAAUAUGUGCACAUCGAUCGCAUUCUUUAAUUUUAAUUAAAAUAAGUUAACAGAAUUUUGCAGUGUGGCAAAGAAUGAUUUUCAUUUCUUAAUCCAUACAAUUAACAAAAGCCAAAACCUCUUUAUUAUUUUGAUGUAUAAAAUAUCACUCAUAAUUAUUGGAUAUAAAUAAAAUGCAUAUACACGAAUAAAUAAA